GCUUUUUGUUAGUGGCCACUUUAAUGCAGCAGAGCAACGUGGCAGGACAAUUUAAAUAUUCCUGGAUACAUUCGGCAAUUCUUGUCAAAUGCAUCCGCAAAACAACUACGGAAACGAUGAUUCUGUACGCUAAGACAAUACCACAGGCAGAAAGAAAGAGUUAAAUUUGGUAUGGCUGUAUUUCGGCUGCUUUUCUUUGUGGCAGCAGCGUGUGCAUGCCUUGGAACCGUUUCUAGUUUUGAUGAUUACGACAGCUUUGACGAAUAUGAUUACGACUACGAUUACGGCAGUUUGGAUCCGUACACCGACUACGAUCAUGAAUACGAACAAUCAGAAAAUCACAAUUACGGUUACAAUGGUUACCGUCCCAGUAUAAAACCGAAGGUGCCCAGAUGGGGUCGAUGGGGCCCAUGGUCUACAUGUAGCAGCUCAUGUCGAUCUGGGUUUAAGACUCGUGUGCGGCAGUGUCUGAACGGGUUCGCCGGGCAAGGCAAGUGUAUGGGACCGUUUCAAGUAAAAAAGUGCUGGGUGAAGUGCAAUAAUCAAAACACGGACUGUUACGACCCUAGAAAUCCUACAAGCUACCAAGGACGGGUAACGAAGACUGUUUCCGGAAAACGCUGCGUUAAAUGGCGCUUUUUUACAGACCGAUAUGGUAGUGUUAGAACGCAGAAGAAUUUUUGUCGGGAUCCUUCAGGUGAUGGAAACGGGCCGUGGUGUUUUACCAACAAAAAGAGACGUCUUUGGGACUACUGUGAUGUUCCAUACUGCAACCAGGCGUAUUGGAAGAAAUGGGGUGAGUGGUCGAGUUGUACAAAGAGUUGUACAGUCGGUGUGCGAAAGCGAGUAAGGGAAUGUAAAAACGGAAAAGUCGGUGAAGGCAAUUGUAUUGGAAACGUAGUCAUAACUCAAAGUUGUCGGAAUCCGAACUGUCCCGGUUCAAUGACAACAGCGCAAGUUACCACGCCACAAGCCACCACGCCACAGACCCUUGCCCCAGUCACUACGCCACAAGCUACGACACCAUCUAAGAUUGUCACCACCCCAGAAAACACAACCCCACAAGGCACUCCAGGCCCUGAACCCACGCCACUCCCAGAUACCACGCCACCAGGCGUAGUGACCACUCAACCGAAAACUACAACUCAACCCGAACCUACACCGCCACCUAUCGGUUAAAUAUCAAUAUAUAUAGUAGGUUGGGGUAAGAUGGGAUAUUUAUUCUUUUUAUUGUUUAAUUCACUUGUAAACAAGGAACAUUUAACGAAUUAUUUAACCUUAGCAUCGAGGCUUUAAGUAGGAUUGUUAAUUGUUUUAAAUGGCAAAAAAACAUGGGAUAUUUUAUGCCAACGUAUCCCAUAUUACCCCACAGUAUUUUUACAUCACACCAGUUUUUAAGAACGUUUCAAUGAACACUUACUACUACAAUGUGUCCCAAUACAAGUUCACUGUAAUGAUUUAACGCCGUCAUAUUUUGGUACCUUAUGUUUACGUAUUUAAGCGAAAUGUAAUUAGUUAUUGUCCAAUUCAACCGAUAUUUUACAAUACACGGAUC